AUGAAACUGAAAAACCAAAACCCAACUGACACCGUUUGAACGCCCUCGCCUAAGUUUUCUAAACUUUGUGUUGUACUGAGGCCUGAGUGCCAUGCCAGAGAGGUCUCACAGCACGUCUAAUGACCUCCCAAUGGGUGAAGAAUCGCCUCGGUUGUCCACUGCCUCGAUUGGCAGUAAUGAAAGGUCAUCCACAGCAACACUGUCAGAUUUGUCCGAUUUCCCCAACGGCCAGAGGCCCAUGAGCCUCGUGUCCACCCUCUCAUCUGGCUCAGGCUCCUCCCGUGAUGACAAUCCGCCGUCGGCGAACCUGACCGCAGAGGCCGCCGGAGAAUACCUGGACCUGGAGCGGAACUCUGCCGGGGACAACGAAGGCCAAGAGCCCCUGAGAGACGCGGGAAAGUUCGCUCGGUGCAAUAACAACAACGGUUCCGUUCCCUCGAGCGCUCCGCUCUCGCCUUUCGCCGCAAGCACCAUGGCACCCAACCCUCAGCUAACGUACCUGGACCGCGUGGUCAUGGAGAUUAUCGAGACAGAGCGCAUGUAUGUCAGAGACCUGAGGAGCAUCGUGGAGGAUUACCUUGCACAGAUUAUCGACAUGGGGGAUCUUCCCAUCAGACCGGAGCAGGUGUGCGCCCUCUUCGGAAACAUAGAGGACAUCUAUGAAUUCAACAGUGAAUUGCUUCAGUCUCUAGACAUGUGUGACAAUGACCCUGUGGCCAUUGCUCAGUGCUUUGUGCUGAAGAGGGAUUAUUUUGACAUCUACACACAAUACUGCACCAACUAUCCAAAUUCUGUGGCUGCUCUCACAGAGUGCAUGAGGAAUAAAACUUUGGCAAAGUUCUUCAGAGAGAGACAGGCCACUCUAAAGCGGUCCCUUCCUCUCGGCUCUUACCUGCUUAAGCCCGUCCAGAGAAUCCUCAAAUACCACCUCCUGCUGCAGGAGAUAGCCAAGCACUUUGAUCCUGAAGAGGAGGGCUAUGAGGUUGUAGAGGAGGCCAUAUACACCAUGACGGGUGUGGCAUGGUACAUCAACGACAUGAAGAGAAAACAUGAGCACGCAGUUCGCCUGCAGGAGGUCCAGUCUCUCCUCAUUAACUGGAAAGGUCCUGACUUGACCACAUACGGAGAGCUGGUUCUGGAAGGCACAUUCCGGGUCCACCGUGCUAAGAAUGAACGCACUCUCUUUCUCUUCGACCGCAUGUUGCUCAUCACCAAACGUCGAGGAGAACACUACGUCUACAAGGCUCAUAUCUCUUGUUCCACUCUUAUGCUGAUUGAGAGCGCUAAGGACUCACUGUGUUUUAGUGUCACACAUUACAAGCAUCCCAAGCAGCCCCAUACAGUACAGGCCAAAACGGUGGAGGAGAGGAAACUGUGGGCGCAUCACAUCAAACGACUCAUUCUGGAAAACCACCAGGCGAUCAUUCCACAGAAGGCAAAGGAAGCCAUCUUGGAAAAGGAUUCCAUAUAUCGUAAGUACAGAUACAGUCCCGAGAGAUUGAAGAAGGCCACGUCCUGCCAAUCAGAUGAGUUUCCCAACUGUCGUCAGGGGCGACGGCAGUCAGAACCGACCAAACAGAUCAUAAAGACUACCAAAGGUCUCCUCAAGCAUGCAGACAGUGAAGGGGCAAUACCAGGUGACGUGCGGCCCUUGCAAUCCGCUGCUAGCGUCAGCACUCUGGGCUCAAGUUUAGGCGAACCUGAGGCUGAAAGGCCUAGUUUGGAGGAAGAGGAGUCACUUGAGAGACUCUGCCCAAGUGACCUUGAGGAACCCCCUCCGGAGUCUCCUGCCUCAAAAGACAGGCUGAACCAAGAAGUGGAGGAGGAGGAAGAAGAAGAAGAAGAAGACAGGGAGGAAAGUGACUCAGACGAUAUUCUAAUGGAGGACGACCAGGUAGCUGACUUUGCCAGCUCCAUGUUGGCCGCCAUCUCCUGUUGGCACUAUAGAGCCAGGGCUUUGCUUUCCAUGGGGUUCACAACGAAUGAAGAUGGCAGUGACAAUAUUGAAGAAAAUAACUUCAAAAAGGAAAACGGCCAAUCAUCUGUUCAGGAAGAGCCCCAUGUGAGUGAAGACCAGGUCAUCUCUGAGCAGGCACUUGAAGACAACCAGGAAAAUCUGAGAAAUUUAUCUGAUUCCGACUUCAUCGAAAAGCUGCAGGCAGAUCCCCUCUUGGACACAGAGCCUGUGGAUGUGGAUCUCCAGGUCAGCAACACUGAAGUGGAGCAACCUGAAACUAAAGAUUAUGAAGGUGACCAAAAAGAGGAGCCAGAAGCAGCCUCACCAGGAUCACAAGUGGAGGAAAGCACUGGAGAAUCGUCUGAGGACGAAUAUGAGGCAGAAGACGCUAGCCAGGGCCAGGAGCCCAAUAGCAUUCUGCCAUCUUCAGUUCUUGACAAGGCCAGCGCCAUUGCUGAACACUUUGUUAGCCACACCCGACGGAGUAGCCUGGCCACAGAUGAAGGACGCUCACUGGGUUGUCCUUCACCACGUCUGCCCAGCAGAACUGGCAGUAGCCUCAGCCUUGGUGGAGAUGCUCUUGAGCGAGCUCACAGACUGGGCAGCACUUCAUCUGAGCCUCAAUGUGUACCUCUAACUCAGGAAGCCCUUGCUGGUGCAGACUUCACCUUUUUGUCCCCAAGAGAUGACAACCCCUUCGAGUCAGAUCAUGGUAUCUACUUUGAACCUGAUAGGAGUAUUCACCGUAGAAGGGACUCGACUCUUUCCAAACAAGACCAGCUACUCAUUGACAAAAUCAAGAGCUAUUACGAGAAUGCAGAACACCAGGAUGCUAACUUCAGCCUGAAGCGCCGAGAGAGCCUUACCUAUAUCCCAGCCGGGCUUGUUAGGAACUCAGUCAGUCGAUUUAACAGCAUUCCCAAAAAUGAUGCCUUCACAACAGAUAAAACCACUUCACUAACUGUGACCAGUGCUUCAGCCGAAACAAAAACACCUUCAGGUCCUUUGUCCAUAAAGGAGCAAGGUUAUUCAAGUACAUCCUUUGACUCAUUAGAGUCCAGCAAGGAUAAGGUCUCAGAACCCUCAAAUUCACUUGCAUAUGAGUCUGAAGCCCCUCAGACCACCAAGAUCAAGUCUCAGAGCUUCCAAGAUGAGGAGUUCAGACCCUCAUCUGAGAUGAUCAAGGUCUGGCAGGACAUGGAGAAAGAGGUCAGUAGGUCUCAGGGCGAACUGAGGGCACUGAGGCCCCGAGAGUGUCCUUAUUCCAGGGGGGCCAGUCCUGGUCUAUCUCGAAAGAUUCAACACUUUACCAAAAGCAUGGAUGCUGAGAGCUCUGAUUACUUAAUUUCACAUGAACAAUCAGAUCUUAGCACUAUCACAGAGGAAUCCAGCUCCCCUUCACCUGUCAAGGAAAAGGGGGGAUUCCUUCAGAGUGCAGCCAGUGUGGAUGAAACUCUCACACCUCCCCACUCAGAGAAUGAAUGUGGACAACUUAGGCCCCAGAUCCCAAAAGUUGUCCAGCUAAGAGCUGAGACAGAUGAGGUGGAUGGGAUUGAAAACACACAGUCUUUAGAGGACGAAGAGAGAGCUAAGAACAAGGUAUUACACCUGGCUCGAAAGUACAGUCAGUAUAUAAAGUGCACCAAACCAGUGGUGCGGCAGAGGAGUCGGGAGGGGGAAGGAAUCCUUGCCAAAAGAAACUUGCCUUGUGUACUUGAGGAGAAACCAGAAAAGGAAACUAAAGUUAAACCGAACCUGACACUGUCGCUGACAGCCCAUGACCAGAUGCCUCAACAUGAGAUGGGCCACAGGAUACCUGGUAGGUCCUCCAGCCCCGGUCAUACUGCCAGCUCAGUUUCGAGUCCAAGAGUCCUGUCUCCAAGUCGUCAACACUUGAAGAGCCCUCUCAGUCCAACACCAGUCGAGAACUUUAAUUGGCCAGAUGUGCGUGAGCUUCGGUCCAAGUAUGCACUUUUAGAGGGUGCAUCAGUCCAGUUGCCAUCAGUUUCCCGAACUCGUUCUGUACCUGAGAAGAUGCGUGACUGUGGCCCAAGAAGACGUUCCAGCUGUUCUUCCAGCAUCGUCCUAUCUAGUGAAUCUACAGAGGCGUCAACACAUGGAUCACACCUCAGAAGGGAUGUUAAGGACGGCCAUGCGCGGAUUCAACGUGCCGGCUCUCUCGAUCAUAAGCUGAGUGGAUUGUACCUGAGUGACCUUCAAAGCCUUCAAAACAACAACCCCAAUGGGGGUUACUACAUUUCUGCCCAGGCCACCCUGCCCAAUGACAAAAAAAUCAUCGUGAUUGAGAAAGUCCCUGAGGUGACUCCGCAAGUAGACAAAGAUGAGCUUGUGGGUGCUGCACCAGAACCGCUGGAGGAGGUAAGUGAGAGAGAGGACACAGAUGAUACUUUUGUGCAAAUACGUUCACCUACCUCAAAAGAAAAGAUUUCCAUCAUGGCUGUAAUUGACCGAUGCCGGGCCUAUCAGGAAUCAGAGGAAUACCGUCAGCGAGAUGACGGAGGGGCCAAAGCAGAGUCAGCCACAAAGAGUGGCAGGACCAAAGAGCUUGACAUAGCACAACCCUCAAAUGAACAACUAGAUGACACCUUGAAAAAUGCCAGCCAACAGAAUAUGGUUAAAAACCUGAGGGAAAAAUUCCAAAGUUUGAGAUAA